AUGUCCACCGCCGCGACUCUCCAACCAACUCUCAUCCACCACCAGAAGCCCAUUUCUGCUUCUUCUUCGUCUUCUUCUCCGAUCGCACGCUUGGCCGCUCCCUCCCGCAAGACCAUGUCCGUCACGCAGACCUACUACCUAGCCCAUAAGGCCCGCGCCAAGCUCUCGCGCGAGGCCGCCCAGCCCGACCACGACCUGCGCCUACUUGUCGGCCACGCCAACCUGCUCGACUCUCUCAUGAUGGAGCUCGCCGACGCCGAGCGCGAGCAGGAGCGCUGGUUCAACCAGUCCGUCCGCAGCAACACCAAGAAGGCCGCGGCUGACAAGAACAGCCGCCACAUCCAGUGGGCCGACCGCAUCGUCGAGGAGGCCGUCGAGGAGGACGAGUACGAGGCCAACUCGUCUGAUUCGGACUCUGACGACUCCGACUUCGACUACGAGGAGGAGGAUCCAAAGGUCAACACGGCCGUCGUCGUCCCAACUGUCACCGUUCAGCAAGUCGACGCCGAUGAUAUCGAAGAGGAUCUUGAGGAGGACUACGCACAGCUCGAGCUUGUCCGCACACCCUCACACAGCAGCAGCGGCUCACCGCCGGAGCUGCUCAUCGACCAGCACGACUCGGACUCGUCCGACGACGAGUCCAUGCCGCCCUCGCCUGCUGAGGCGCCCCUGCCUUUGCCCAAUGCCAAGGAGCAGCAGCAAGCCUACAGGGAGGAGGAAGAGUACUACAGCCGUCGCAACGCGACCGGCCUGGUGUCCGCCAUUAUGGUCUACUAA